AUGCUUGCUUCGGGGUCCGGGAAUGUAAGUCUGAGGACCGUCAGCUCAAACAGGCCGCAAGUACUAUGUUCUGAGGAUCAACGAUCGGUUGCCGCUUCGGACGAUUAUUAUUCUUUUUCAGACCACAACUCCGGUUCAAGAUCUCCGAGCAAUGGCAGCCAUGCUACUGUUGUGAGGUAUGCCACGCCGAAUUCUCAUCCCGUGUCUCAGACCUCAUCUCCUGCCAUCUCUCGAACGCAUCUAGCCCCGCCCGUAGUUGCGUCAACCUCUCGGCCAGCACACCACGUGAAGAUGCCAAGCGAUAACAAAAAUGCGCCAUCGCCCGUCAGGAGCACUAUACGCUCCGUACAAGACAGAGAAGCUCACACAAGCCUAAUGACGGAGAGUACCAGUCGCCAGGUCCCCCGCGAUAGUAGCUAUGCGGGACCUUCUCCCGCCCCCGCUAUGGACAACGUACCAUACCUCCGAUUCGCCAUUAAUCAACUGACACGAGACGAAGAUACUCGUAGCUUACGAAGACCAAGCUCAGUUACGAGUGAGGACUAUCCGGUUGAGCGUCUAGUUUGGGACGAAGGGUUGGGCUACUUCAUUCGCUCCCCAGAAGCGUCAAAUACACCACCCGCCCAGCAGCCCUUGUUGCUGCACCCGUCACCAAGGCCAGUCGAUAGGCCACCUCAGGACUCGGUGGAACCGGAAGCGUUUGUUGCAGUCGAGCCUCCAAAAGAUAGUUUGCUCUAUCCACGCCUGGAUUUUGUGCCGGUUGUGUUACGGCCAUGGGCUCUCGUCGCCGUCAUUUUCUGCUCUUUGCUCAUGAUUGCGGGGGUCGUUUUUUGCAAUGUAUGGUCGCAGAGACACCAAGGCUUUUGGGACUAUGAUGGCAUAGGUGGUGGGCGAUACUUUGUUGUUCAAUUCCUGCCGCAGAUUUUAGCUGUCAGUAUGACGGUGUGGACGUUUAUUAUCCAGGCUGCAGUGUAUCGCACAAUGCCAUUUGCGAUCAUGGCCUCGGAGAGGAAGCUAGGCCAUGUUUUGGACCGCCUACCGAUUCUUUCGCGCAACUUUUUGGUCCCAGACUUUUCGCAGUUUCAACAUGGAGAACCGCUGGUCGGGUUCUCGCUGGUGUCAAUCUGGCUGUCAAAUGUGAUCGCAUUGCCACUACUAAGUUGCUUCUUCCAAGCGAAGUUCUUCAUCAUGGAGGAGCGAGGAACAUGGCGUUGGACUGCCGUUCAGGAUGUUGGUUGGACGAUCGUGGCGGUAUAUGGACUUCUGACCAUUGGAUUGGUCAUACUGAUGUUUCGCUUCGUUCGCACUUGGUCAGGGCUGAUGUGGGAUCCAGUUAGCCUAGCUGAUCUAAUAUCCAUCAUUCAGCGGUCUAACAUCUUGCGGGAUUUUGAACAGUCAGAAAUAUUGCCUGAUGUAGGCGAUUCACUUAACCCUAGGGUUCUCCGACUGGGUUACUGGCAACUUUCUAACCGUAACCGUGAGACAACAUUCUAUGGCAUUGGUGAGAUUGCAGCAUCCGUAGGAAAUCCGUCUCUCCACUUCAAUGAGAAGAGCCCGGAGCGGCAACCGCUAUCUAGGGUUUCUUACGAUAUAGAACAGCAGGUUGGGGAGGGGAAGUACGGCUUUGAUGAGCACAUGUAUGCGCCAUCCGUUCGUUACCGGUGGACCCCGUGGUUCCUUCGAGACACCUUUAUUGUUGCUUGGACGGUCACUAUCGGUGCGCUGUUCAUUGCGUUUGUGCUUGUCAGCUUUAUUCACGAUGCCAUCCGAGGCGGAUUUCCACCAAGGCUACCCACACUCCCAUCGCCCAAGUCCUUUUCCUCGUCCAACUUCUUGUACAGCUUUAUUCCGGCAUUGAUUGGGAACAUUCUGUUUCUUGCAUGGCAGCCGGUUGAUGUGUACUUCCGUGCCUUACAACCAUUUGCCUCGCUCUCUUCGCCGCAGGGCACAUCAGCCGAACAGAGCUUGUUGUUGUCUUAUCCAUCAUGCUUCCCCUUCCAUGUGACAGCGCUGGCGAUCUUGAACAAACAUUAUAAGGUGGCCUGGAUCUCCUUCAUGAGUGUUGCCUCAGCCGCCAUUCCCAUUUUGGCUGGCGGCGUUUUCAUCGCUCUUAACUACCCUUCACAAGGUGAAAUCCGCAUUGCUGCUCUAAUGCCCGCAUUCUAUGCCAUGGUUGCCUUUUGCGCACUGUACACGGUGUCACUCUUGUGCACCUGGCCCCGUCGCUGCCGCUAUCUGCCCCACGAUAUCAGCACCCUAGCAGAUCAGAUAAGCUUCCUCUAUCAGAGCCCUUUGCUCUCAGACAAGAUCCUCCGUGAACCUAGGAGUAAAGCUGAUCUUGUUACGCGACUGGUCAUGGCACCUCCUGGAGAUAGAGAACAUCCCUUGUAUGGCUUUGGUAUCUAUGUGGGGCGAGAUGGCAAGGAACACCUUGGCAUCGAUCGCUUUUAUCGACCUGGUCGGGCAGACAUGCUCAUAACAACGGGCUCGAUGAAAUGA